AGAGCGCUGUAUUCACCAACUUACAUUCACAGAGUGAGAUCACAGAGAGCGCUGUAUUCACCAACUGCCAUUCACAGAGAGUGCUGUAUUUACCAACUGCCUUCACAGAGAGCUCUGUAAUCAACAACUGCCAUUCACAGAGUCAGGUCACCAAGAGCACUGUAUUCACCAACUGCCAUUCAAAGAUUGAGGUCACAGAGAGUGCUGUAUUCAACAACUGCCAUUCACAGA